AUGUUGCAACCAUCCAACUUCCGCGAAGUCGCAACCAAUACGCUAGCCAGUCUCAAAGCGGAGAACAUCGCUCUAUCCGAACAGAUUGUGUACAUGUCGACUCUUCUGGCAGGACGACCACCUCAGCACCUGCUCCAACACUAUCAGCAACAAAUUGCUAUCAACAAAGACAAGGAGAAAGACAAUGCACAAUUGAUCAAGCAACUGGAGUCAUCGCUGUAUGAACUCAGGAUAAAGAAGCACCCAGGGUCCACCAUCUCAGCACACUCCACCAUAUUAACGCCAACAGCAGCGACCGCAACAAUUGCCAACAACACCCCAACGGCGGUAGUCGCAACAUCAAUGACCCAACAAGCGGCCAUCAAACCAACACCCGACAUGCCCAGAUUCUCGUUGAAUCCAGCCACAGCCUAUGAAACCAAUGAGACCAGAGUCUUUCUCGAGCGCUUCGCAACCCAUCUCAAAACACGUCUCGGCAUGGAUACCUUCGAAAACGAGUGUCAUCGGUAUCUCAUCGUCCUCACUAACGACGACCAUUAUCAACAAGAGCUACAACGUCGAUUCGCCGCCAUCGAAGGAAACAUCGGUUGGGACAUGGCGGAGAAGGUAUUCCUCAGCAUCUGCCUCACCAAAGAGGAACGUUUGGAGAACAUGCGGAACAUGGCAGACAUGGGACGCAAUAUGGGCGAGACGUAUAACCGUUAUUCCGCUCGUAUCCUUCGGCAUGCACGAGUGAAUGGAAUCCAAGACGAUAACGACAUCAUCCUUCAUCAACUCGGGAGGAUCAAUCGCAACAGCAGCAGCAGUCUUUUGGGCCACGGCACAACACCUUCACAAAUGGAGUUCGAGGAUCACGCGGAGCAUCUCGCGGAGCACUCAGAGGAACUUUCCGAGGCCGAGGACAAGGGAGAAUGA